ACAAUUGACACUCAUCGGAAGAGUCGAAACACAAUCCUAUAUAUAUUCCUAUCUCUCAUCUCAGAAUAUUGCCCCAUAAGAUCAAAUUCUUCUGGUUCAACUAAUUAUAAAGAUGUGUUCUUUAGGCAGCAUCGAAGAAGCAAGGCGUGUGUUCGACAAGUAUGACAAGAAUGGCGAUGGGAAAAUCUCCUCCCAGGAACUCCAGGAAGCGCUGGAUUCGAUUGGCCUGAAAGCUACGACUACGGAAGAGACGGAGCAGAUAAUCUCCGAGAUCGACAAGGACGGUGACGGGCACAUUGAUUUCGAAGAAUUCCUUGAGUUCUUCCGUACUGGAGGGUCACCGGACGGCGGGGACAACCAGACCCUGAUGGACGCGUUCAACUACUAUGACCUCGACAGGAGUGGCUUGAUCUCGGCGAGUGAGUUGCACUCCGUGCUGAGGAAGCUGGGCGAGAAGUGUUCGUUGAGCGACUGUAGAAGGAUGAUCAGCUCAGUCGACAAGGAUGGGGACGGGAACGUGAACUUCGAGGAGUUUAAGGAGAUGAUGACCAAAUCUUCCAGUUGAUCAUUCUGGAUGACCCGGUGUUUUAUGAUCUCAAAAUACAGUAAUUGCUUCUCUCUCAUAUCGAAGGACCGUCCGCCUACUGAGCUUCCGUCUGCUGUCCAAGCGGACCAAUUUCGUAGGAGCAGGAAGAGAUGAAGAUCUGGAGGUGCUGGUGAACACCUGAGAAGGCGGGUGAAGGAGUGUGGAGGAAGGACGGAAUGUUAUCGAAGCUCAAGGAUAGACUCUGCGGGGUUGGAACGACUGACACUGCUGCCAAGGAGGGGUCCUAGGAGGAGGGUAAGGAGACCGUGCGUCCUUCUCCAUGGUCGCCGCCUGACCCUAGUGAUGAUGAGGGCUCCGACACUGAGGAGGACUUGGGGAGGGGUCCCAUUACUCUCUUUUACAAAAUAACAAAUUAAAAGGUUGAGAGCGCCGUGGUGGGUCUCCUUGAUCGUGAAAAUGCUGGGCAGAGGGGUGGGCUACAAUGCUCUUAAAGCAACGUCUUUACACUCUGUGGCAACCCAAGGGGGUACAUGAAGGUGGGAAGCCUUGGCAAUGACUUCUUCUGGGUGAAAUUCUCCAACUAUGAGGAUAGGGAGGCUGUGAUUAGUAAUGGACCCGUGGACGGUGAUGGGACACUUCCUACCUAUUAAAGAAUGGGUUCCUAAAUUGACGGUGUGGAGAAGAAGGAGGGUAGCAGGGAACAGGGCCAUGGAGAGCUGGUGGGUCUGUCGAUGGGAGGUCUGGUUGGCAAGGAGGGAGGGUCGAGUUCUUCCUCGGUGGCUUUUGGAUGCUGGCGGGGUGGGGGCUAGUCGUUGGGCGGCGGAUAACAGCUCGAAAGAUCCCUUUGGUCCCUGGAUGCUUGUGAGCAGGGGCAGGGGCAAGCGAAGGAAUAUUCCAGUGACCGGAUGUAGUAGUAGUUGGCCAAAAAAGGUUGGAGAGAGGAGUGGACGGCAGAGAGGGGUCUAAAUUCUAAAUCUUGGAAAUUGUAGAGCCGGAGACUCAGACCAUUGUUGCGGAGCUGUGGGCUGCCCUUUUUGGUUUGGAACAUGCUUGGAGUUAGGAUUGAGGCAGAUCAUUGUGGAGUUAGGAUUCGGCUACUGCUCGUGACUGGUCAGGGGGGAUGGCGCGGGGAGCCCCUCACAUCUUCGCUGGUCCGUAAUAUUAGAACUCUCCUGGCAAGGGAGUGGGUCUUUGAGGUGGUCCACACACAUUGUGAGGGCAAUGGAUGUGCGGAUUGGAUGGCACGGUGGGCCACGGCUCUUCCUUCGGGUUUGCAGUUUUAUUCUUCACUAUUGGGGGUUUUAGCUCUGCUUCUUAUGGGUGAUUGUAUUAGGGUCUCCAUGCCCCGAUUUUGUACUGCUUAACUUUUCUCGUCAUUUCGUUGUAUUCCUAUGCUCUGACCUCCCAAUGUACCCAAAAAAAAAUACAGUAACUUGUACAUAUGAUUAUUUUAGGAUUGAUUUGUGACAACGCUGAUGCUUGAUUUUACACUUAAUCAUUAGGGUUACCUCGAGGCAACUUGAUGGUGUUUC